GUAGAUAUACAAUUGCUGUCGUAAAUAUAUCGACUAGCAAGUCAGGAUUAAUGAUUGUCUUUAAUGUAAGGACAAUUAAUUAUUAUUAACCAAGUGACGAAUAACAUCUGCUACAACUUUCAACAUGACGCAAAUGAGAUUCGACGUUAAGCUGCGAACAUGCAUGUUUUUGAUAUUUUAUUUGAAUUCAGUAGUUAGUACGUUUUUGCGAGUUGGCUUUUAUCAUAAGCCUCAACAAGAAGGAUACCUUGAGUUUUGCAACGAUGACAACUUUGAUGAAAACGACACAUGUAAUUUAACUGAGGUCAUUGAUUAUCGAUCGGUAAGAUUGCUAAAGGGGUCCUGCGUAGAAUUACAUUAUUUGGACGAAAGUAUUUUCAUGACUGAGUUUAACAAAGAUCUUAGUCACAGUUUCCAUGGUGGUUAUGCGAAAAAAUGUGAAUCAUACAACACAUCUCUUAUUUGUCCGGAUGGGCAAUUCGUUAAAGAAAUUGAAUGGGACACAGAAUUUGAGCUAACUAGAGGUUUUAAAUUGAGUUGUUACGAGCCAAAGUUCUAUCAAAGUGAUGCAACUAUACUGGAGUCGCAUCCAGGAGCAAAGCUCUUUCAGUCCGAUAAACGAAAAUGUGCAUCAACCCUAGGAAUUACUUUGAAAAUUGACGAUGAAAAGGACUCCGUUGUAGGCUUUGACUUAAAAAACAACUGUACUGUUGGUUACAGCCAAGGCAUCAGAUCAUCUUGUUUAACUGAAACUGCGCUUUCUGGAAUACACUUAGUAAUUGAAAAUCAAACAAAUUACAUAAAAUCUUCUUCUUUAAUUUGUACGGAAAUUCCAAACAUUGCCAGCUUGUGUAUACCAGAAGAUGAAAAGCAGAUUUUGUUAACAUAUAUUGGAAAUACGACUAACACAAAAGUUACACUCAAACUAGAAAAAAGGUUUGGUGUUGGGAAGUCGUUGGUGAUGUCGUACUUAAAUAUGAAUGAAUUCGAAUUUUACACAUCAUCAGGAUUCAAAUUCCAGUCAUCGAUUCCUGCAUUAUCAAAGAAUUUUAAGAAUAGUGACAAAACGGAUUUUGAUUGGAGCUCUGCAGCAGAUAAUAUCUGGCAAGAAGAACGACGUGUAAAAAUUGAUAUUGACACUAAGGCAGGUUGUACAACUGAAAUAAUUGAAAUUGUGGGGAAGUGUUCUUUUAUAGAUGUAAGAUUAGCUCAAUAUACGCGUGUGGAUACAUGUCACGGGGAACGCAGUGAAACAGUUGUAGUUAUUCCUGAUAGUAUUUUAAAUUUGACCUUUAGAAAAGAAAUUUUUGAAUUGUUUGAUAGUGACAAAAUUCAAAACCAGAAAAAAGGAAUAGUCCGGAAUAACGCUGUUGAAGUUUUCGUGAAGCACACGCCCUAUAUUAUCGAAAAAUUUAUAAGACAAUUUAAAUUGUAAAUGAAAUAAAUAUUAUGCUUAACCAAAGCA